AUGGGGGAUGAAACGAAUGGACAAAACCAAGUGGAAGCAAAGCUGGACGGCGUGAAAGCGUACAUGAGAUUGAGGAGAGUGCCACAGGAUCUUCAGAUAAAGGUGAUCAAGUGGUUCGACUAUCUUUGGUUAACACAGAAGUGUUCCGAGGAGGAUAAGGCUAUCAACUGUCUUCCCGACAAACUGAAAGCUGAGGUCGCGAUACACGUGUACCUGGACACGCUGCAGAAGAUGUCGAUCUUUCAGAACACGGAGGCUGGCUUCCUGCGCGAGCUUGUGCUAAAACUGCGGCACGUUCUCUACUCACCUGGCGAUUACAUUUGUCGCACAGGUGAGGUAGGGAAGGAGAUGUACAUAGUGAACAAAGGCCGGCUGCACGUGGUGACUGACAAUGGGGAUACAGUGCUAGCUACAAUUAGGGCUGGUUCCUACUUCGGAGAGAUCAGCAUACUCAAUAUGGGGACUGCAGGUAACCGUCGAACAGCCAGCGUCCGCUCCGUGGGCUACACGGACCUCUUGGUCCUAAACAAGGAGGACUUGUUGGACGUGCUGAAGGAAUUUCCUGCUGCUAGGUCCAAGAUGGAAGAGGAAGCGUGGAACAAACUGGAGAAAUCGAAGAAGGCGCUUCGCGAGAAAGGCACAAUGGGACGAUGUCAGAGCACGCCAGGACUCGUGGAGUCACGGGGUCGUAUACCGCUGGAGAACACGUGUAUCUCUCCCGUAAACACAAAAUCCACUCAGGCGUACUCGGCUGGACACUCGUUGUUCUCUCCCAGUCCGAGCCCGGUGACGUCGCGCGGUUUUGCCAGCGCCGGGAACAACGUCAACGUGAACAACGGCGCAAGGAGCAUGGAUAGUCCGAUGAGUGCCACGAGCAGUGGCCACAGCAGCGAGGAUCAGACCGCCAGGGCACCACAAUCCGCUACCACGCAACCCUCCACCGGCAGACAAUCUACCCACUCUGGCAUGACUUGUAAUAGCAUGACACAAUUAGUCAGCGAAGGUGCGACACCACUUUUAGGCGCCAGUGAAGCAUUAUUGGCCGAAAUUAUACAUAUUCGGGAACGUUUAAUUUCUUUGGAGUCUGACAACGCGACACUGAGUGCCAAAGUGAUUAAACAAGAACGGGAAGUGCAGAACCGUUUGGACGAGAUUCAGAUGCAUAUUUGCGGUGCUAGCUCGACUUCCAGCUUAGAGGACAACAACGAACGAAAUCGAGAAAGGUACAUAACAGAUGAUCGUGAAGAACUUGAAGAAGCCAGAAUCUCUGGUAGAUCUAGUGAUACAAAAUCAAUUGGUAGCCUCAGUCAGCAUUUCUUUGAAAGUGACGAAGAUGAGAAAUAUUAUGGCACUUGCAAUGGUUAUGCUUCCCAACCUGGUAGUAAAUCAAACUUAUUGCUAUGCAGUGAAUGUGAUCAGAAGUCUCGUACCUGCACUUACAGACCACAAACACCUGGUUCUUAUUCUAGUAGAUAUGUUGAAGAACGUUUUGACGAUCGACUUCAGGAUCCAGGAACUUCUGGCAUAUAUAGGAGCCCAAUUCGUAUAACUUCUCCACGGUCACUAUACUAUGAUCCAGAAUGUAGUGGUCAAUCUUCUUCACCUAGAUCAUUACAUCAUGAUCAGGACUAUCAAGCACGAAGGGGCUGGUCAAAAAAGUAUGAACAAGAACGUGAUCGAAAGGACUAUAAAGACAUGGAUCUGGAGGACGAUGAUGACAGUCCUGUCUGUGAUCUUUGCCAUGGAAAUGGUCACAUUGUUCAAUGUGAACAUUGUGAUUUUUCUAGCGAAGGUGAUCUAAUAUGCUUCCGAUGUCAAAGUGACAAAGCUUCAUCAAAUGGUCAAAAUUGCCCCCAUUGUGAAAAAAAUGAGAGAAUACUAUCUAGUAGAAUAGGGUCGCAAAGGGGAGCAACAUCAUCCACUGAUGAAGGAAAGUACCCAGUAGAUGCUAUAGUAAAAAUACAAGUUAACGAUCGCAUGAUUGAUGUAGACUCAGUUGAAACACCUGAAAGUGACUUAUCAAGUAAUCAUCAUCACCAGAGAAGUACAAUGGAACGACUAGAUACUAUUGUUGAGGCAAAGGGAGACACUGCCAGUGAAAAUGAUGAGGAAAAUGGGGGUACAAAGCUGAAUGGAACUAGCAGCGCAAGAUAUCUCAAUUACAUGAUCGUACUAUUUCUGUAA